AUGCGCUUCACUGUUGGUCUGUACUCCUGUCUGGCCGUUUUGGUUCUUGGGCAGUCCUCUUGUCCCACAGGGGAUGCUCAGUGUCGGCGUGAGCAUCCCGGUUCGUACUGCAAGUUCUAUCAAGGUCAUAGAGUCUGCCAGGGAACUGACACCCCCUGCUUUUGCACCACUACUCCACCACCGCCGCCACCCACUCCCACUGGUGGACCAUGUGCUGAUGGUGAUGCUUUUUGUCAGAAGCAGACUGGUGGUUCCGGCUCCUAUUGCAAGGCUGCUUACCAGAGUGGUCCCGGUGGAGGUGUUUGCCAGGGUACUGAUAUCCCCUGUAAAUGUGGUGGUGCGCCUACGAUAGAGCCAGCGUCUACGAUAGGGCCAGCGCCUACGAUAAAGCCGACAUGCCUUAUAUAA